AUGGCAAACCCUCCUCACGGUGGUAUCCUCAAGGACUUGGUGGCCCGCGAUGCUCCUCGUCAUGACGAGCUCGAGGCUGAAGCUGCCACCUUGCCCGCUAUUCUUCUCACAGAGCGCCAAUUGUGCGAUUUGGAGUUGAUUAUGAAUGGUGGUUUCAGUCCUCUUGAAGGUUUCAUGAACGAGAAAGAUUACGAUGGUGUUGUCGCCGAAUCCCGUCUUGCCGAUGGCAACCUCUUCUCCAUGCCCAUUACACUCGAUGCCUCAGGUGAAACCAUCAAAGACCUUGGCUUGAAGGCUGGUUCUCGCGUCACAUUGCGAGACUUCCGUGAUGACCGCAACCUUGCUAUCUUGACCAUUGAUGAUAUUUACCGCCCCGACAAGACGAAGGAAGCUCAGCUCGUCUUUGGAGGUGACGAAGAGCACCCCGCUAUCGUAUACCUCAACACCAAGGUUCAGGAAUUCUACAUUGGAGGAAAGGUGGAGGCUGUGAACAAACUUGCCCACUAUGACUAUGUCGCUCUCCGAUACUCCCCCGCUGAAUUGCGCACACACUUUGACAAGCUCGGCUGGACCCGAGUUGUCGCUUUCCAAACCAGAAACCCCAUGCACCGUGCUCACCGCGAAUUGACUGUCCGCGCUGCCCGUGCUCGUCAAGCCAAUGUGCUUAUCCACCCCGUCGUUGGUCUCACCAAGCCCGGUGACAUUGACCACUUCACCCGUGUCCGUGUCUACCAGGCCCUUCUUCCUCGUUACCCCAACGGUAUGGCCGUCCUCGGUCUUUUGCCUCUUGCUAUGCGUAUGGGUGGUCCUCGUGAGGCCAUCUGGCACGCCAUUAUUCGUAAGAACCACGGUGCCACUCACUUUAUUGUCGGACGUGAUCACGCCGGUCCCGGAAAGAACUCCAAGGGUGUCGAAUUCUACGGUCCUUACGAUGCCCAGCACGCUGUUGAGAAGUACAGGGCUGAGUUGGGUAUUGAGGUGGUUGAAUUCCAGCAGGUUACCUACCUGCCUGAUACCGACGAGUACAAGCCUGUCAACGAGGUUCCUGCUGGUGUCAAGACCCUUGAUAUCUCCGGUACUGAGCUUAGACGACGUCUUCGAUCUGGUGCCCAUAUCCCCGAGUGGUUCUCUUACCCCGAAGUUAUCAAGGUCCUUCGCGAGUCCAACCCUCCUCGUAACGCUCAAGGUUUCACUAUUUUCCUCACUGGAUACCAGAACUCGGGCAAGGACGCCAUUGCCCGUGCUCUCCAAGUGACUCUCAACCAGCAAGGUGGCCGGUCCGUCUCGCUCUUGUUGGGAGAGACUGUCCGCCACGAGCUUUCUUCUGAGCUAGGCUUCAGUCGCGAAGACCGCGACAAGAACAUUCAGCGUAUCGCCUUUGUUGCUGCUGAGCUCACCAAGGCCGGUGCCGCUGUUAUUGCUGCACCCAUCGCACCUUACGAGGCAUCCCGAAAGGCUGCUCGUGACACCAUCUCCGCAGUCGGCACUUUCAUUCUCGUCCACGUCGCCACACCUCUCGAGUACUGCGAGAAGACUGAUAAGCGCGGAAUCUACGAGAAGGCUCGCCGUGGCGAGAUCAAGGGAUUCACUGGUGUCGAUGACCCAUAUGAGGCUCCUGUCAAGGCCGAUCUUGUGGUCGACGUCGAGAAGCAGACCGUCCGCAGCAUUGUGCACGAGAUUGUCUUGAUUCUCGAGAGCCAGGGUUUCCUUGACCGGUCUUAA